AUGUCUAGCAUCGAACCUUUUGAAAUCCCGUCCAUUCCACCUCAGCGUCUUGCUUCGCUCAAAGAAAAGCUACAGAACGUUGAGUAUCCGAACGAGCUCGAAAAGAAUGUCGGCUGGAAGUAUGGUGCACCUCGACGAGCUGUUGAGCCUCUCGUUCAAGCCUGGCUCAACGACUACAACUGGGAAAAGGCGCAAGCACCCAAACUUCCCGGCCACGGUGGCUCAAAGAGCGGUGAAAUCUUUCACAAGCUCAUGACAUCAGUACUCGGUUACGAUGAAUACAUGGUUCACGGAUCCGACUUUGGCACCAUGGUCGGCAAAUGGCUCGCUGUCAAGCAUCCUCAGCAGUGCAAGGGAUUCCACACGGCCACGUCCGGAUGUAUGCCACCCAUCCCAACGCCCGGUUUUCUAUGGUCCCACCCACUCAAGGUGGCAAAGUUUAUGGCUAGCAUCGCUCUCGGUAUGGACACAGUCUAUGGUCGUGGUUCUUCCAAAAUCAAGGGCCGAUCGUUUGUCGACGUUGAAAAUGAUCCUGAACUUGGUUACUGUGCCAUCCAGAGUACACGACCGUACACUUUAGCAUAUGGUUUGACUGACAGUCCAGUGGGCCUUUUGGCUUGGCUACUCGAAAAGUACCACAAUUGGUCAUAUCCUGAAAACAAGGAUGACAGUGUCGUGUUGCCAGACACCAUCACCACCGACGAGUUCCUCACUCAAGUCACUCUCUUCUGGCUGACAAAUUCGAUUUCCUCGUCGAUCCGUUUCUACUAUGAAACCUUCAAUGAUGCAGGAGUGAAGGCGGUGUUCCCGCUUUACGUCAACAUCCCGAGUGCAGUGUCCUGCUUCCCUGCUGAUCUAAGCAAGGUCCCUCGCGAAUGGCUUGAAGCAAACUUCAAUUUGCAGCAAUACAACGAACUCGACAUGGGAGGUCAUUUUCCGGCCUUGGAGUGUGGAGCGUUGCUGGUGGAUGAGUUCAAUCCUUCUAUUCCUCAAGAAGCACGCGACUUUGUGGAUUUCGUCAACAAGUCGCCAUCGCCCUUCCACUGCACUCAUGGAGCUGCUGAGCUGCUGAAACAGGCAGGUUUCACAGAGAUCAAGGAACGUGACAACUGGAAUGGUGCUAUUGAACGCAAUGGCAAAUACUAUUUUACUCGAAACGGCUCGUCGAUCGUUGCUUUUGUUGUCGGUGGCAAAUACGUUCCUGGUAACGGGUCUACUAUUGUGGGCGCGCAUACUGAUUCUCCUUGCUUAAAGGUCAAACCUAUCUCUAAAAAGGAAAAGAGUGGUUAUCUGGAAGUCGGUGUCCAGCUUUACGGUGGUGGUAUCUGGUAA